CUGUUGCACGCAGACCACGCCGGGUUUCCUAGAGCUCUUCAAAGAGGCCGCUUCUCCUCAUUCCCGCCGCCCCCCCCUCUCAAAAACCCACUUUUGCAAAAGCGCGGCUCGAGCCCUCUCCUUCCCUUGACGCUGGCUUGCCCAGAGGGCGCCCCAGCCACCUCAUGUCUCCGGGGCGGGAGGUGUGGAGCAGGCGCUCUGUGCUGCUGCUGUCACCGCUGCUCCCUCUGCUUCUUCGGCUGUCCCUGCAGCCCUGCGCCGCCGACUACUGCAGCUGGAAGGGCAGUGGCUUGAGCUGGGAGCCCUACUCCCGUGCAGUGGAGCAGGUCCGGCUUCGCUGUACUGAGGGUUUCCUGGAAUGGAUGUACCCAGCCCGAGCCCUCCGGGUCAUCUUGGAGCCCAACCUGUCAAGUGCGCAUCAUACCACUGUCUGCAUCAAGCCAUCCAGCACCUUUGAAGGUGCCAACAUCUAUGUGGAACGUGCCGGGCAACUACAUCUGCUGCUGAGUGAGGCUGAGAAGCCCCGCCUACGCCACGUAUCCUGUUUCAGCACCCGCACAGCUCAGCGGGUAGCCCUCUUUCUGCUGGCCAGUCCUCAAAGGGACAUCAGCCGCAAGACAGCCAGCUUCCAGUAUGAGUUGCUUAGCAACCAGAGUGUUACAGGCCCAGACUUCCAGAAAAUGGCGCUUGUGGAAGCCAUGUGCCGCCCCUGUGACAACAUGGAACUUCUCAUGGCCAUUUGUAGCAAUGAUUUUGUGGUGAGAGGAUCAAUCCACAACGUCACCCAUGACUUGGAGAAUCACAUGUCCCAGGUUGAAGUUGGCGUGCAGCGGGUCUACAGGCAGAAAAACCGGGUCUUUCAGCAAGAUCAAGCAACUGGCAUGUGGCGAGGGCCCAUCAAGACCUUGUUGCAGUGUAAGGUGAAGAAAGGGACCGGGGACUUCCUCUUCACGGGCAAUGAGCACUUUGGUGAAGCUUGGCUGGGCUGUGCCCCACGAUUUAAAGACUUCCGUGCCAUCUAUCAAACAGCCAGAGAGAGAGGAGCAAAUCCCUGCGAAUUUCAGUUUGACUGACACCUGUCACGACAGUGCCUGUCAUGAUGAUCAAGAGGACUGACUUCAGGACAGUUUUACAUACAGAAAAAUGUUGCUGAUCAUGUGGUUUGGCAUAGGUAAAAUGUUAGAGAGACAUGCAUUUCCUUUAGGGAAAGGGGACCAGUGAAUAGCAGCAGGUUUUGCACCAGGAAGACUUAGCUUCAAGUCUCACCUCUGCGAUGGACUUAGUGUGAGGCUUUGGACUAGUUAAAUUCUUGUCACCUCAGUUCCCAGUCUGUAAAAUGGGAAUAGUAAUAACCUACCUCCCAGGGUUGUUGUCAAGGCAAACAAUAAUAAUAAUAAAAGAGACAGAUAAAUAAUGAUGGGGAAUUGUAAUGCCUCUAAUUAUUGAAAGGAUUCAUUUUGAAUUCCAAAGAUAAAGUGUCCUACUUUUCAAUAGAAUAUUAUUAUUUAUUUAUUAAAUUUGUUAGUUGCCCAUCUGGUAGGGAUUAUCCUGCCACUCUAGGCGACGUACAAUGAAAUACAAAUACAAUCCAUAAAAACAUAAGCAAAAGAUUAAAGCUACCCCUAGAACUGCAGACUAAUGACCUAAGACCCCUCCCCAGCCUGGAUAAAGAGCCAAGUCUUUUUUUUUUUUUUUUUCAAUAAUUUUUAUUCAGAUUUUCAUAAAACAUACAAGACAAAAUCAUAAAACAUUCAAAGACAAAAAACAAAAUCAAAAAUAGUUAAACAAAAAGAAAAAAAGAAAAAAAAAAACAAAAAUAAAAAAUAAAGAGUAAAAUAUUGACUUCCCAUUUGUCAAAGAUCAAAUCAGUUAUAAGUCUAUAAUAUAUAACAAUCCUGUCUCUUAAGUCAUAUUAUAAAAUCACUUUCCUCCAGUAGUUAUCUUACUUAAUCAUCAAAUCUCAUAA